UACAUAGUAUUAUAAAUAGAAGAGUUAUAGACAUAGAUUUCUUCAUCACAACAUCAUAGUCCAAUAGAAAAUACACAUUCAACUAUGGCUACCCUCAUUGCUCCUAGCAACCAUUCUCCCCAAGAAGAUGCUGAAUCUCUAAGAAAGGCUUUUGAAGGUUGGGGUACUGAUGAGAGAACAGUGAUAACAAUUCUUGGUCAUAGAAAUUCUCAUCAGAUUCAACAAAUCAGAAGAGCUUAUGAAGAGAUUUACCAAGAGGAUCUUAUCAAACGUUUGGAGUCUGAACUCAAAGGAGACUUUGAGAAAGCUGUAUACCGUUGGAUCUUGGAACCGGCUGAUCGUGAUGCUGUUUUGGCCCAUGUUGCUCUCAAGAGUGGUAAGAACUAUAAUGUGGUGGUUGAGAUUGCUGCAAUUCUCUCCCCGGAAGAGCUUUUUAAUGUGAGACGCGCUUAUAUUAAGCGCUAUAAGCACUCCUUGGAGGAGGAUUUGGCUACUCAUACCUCGGGCCAUCUUCGCCAGCUUUUGGUGGGGUUGGUGACUGCAUUUAGGUAUGUUGGUGAUGAUGUGAAUGCGAGAUUGGCACAAAGUGAAGCUGAUAUUCUUCAUGAGGCUGUGAAAGAAAAGAAAGGAAGCCAGGAAGAAGCUGUUAGGAUCUUGACUACAAGGAGUAAGGCUCAGCUGAUUGCAACUUUCAACCGUUACAGAGAGACUCAUGGUACUUCCAUUACCAAGAAGCUGUUGGAUGAAGGAUCUGAUGAUUUUCAGAAGGCUUUAUAUACCACCAUUCGAUCCUUCAAUGAUCAUGUUAAGUACUAUGAGAAGGUGGUGAGAGAUGCGGUGAAGAAGGUUGGAACCGAUGAGGACGCACUCACCCGUGUGAUUGUGAGUCGGGCUCAACAUGAUCUGAAAGCCAUCUCAGAUGUUUAUCACAAGAGAAACAGUGUUCCUUUUGAGCAAGUUGUGGCUAAGGAAACCUCUGGGGAUUACAAGAAGCUCCUUCUCACUCUUUUGGGCCAAGAAGAUUGAGUUUUUUUUUACCUUUCUCUAAGUGUGGUUUUAGUUUAUCUUUGCUUUGUGAGAACUUAAAGUUCAAUCUUGUUAUGUAGUAUGUUAUGUUUGAUGGUUCAUUUAGACAUGCUGUAUUGUAAGUUUGAACUUUUAUUAAUAAUACAUGAGGAACUUGCUCAAAAAUAAA